CCUUGACUCACCGGACAACAACCCUAACCUCCCAUGGGAAUUCUCCGAUGCCAACCAAGCAAAGGUAAUGUUUCGUCGCAUUUGGAUUUUAGAACCCAAACUUAAAAUGUGGAUCCCUCUUUUGGAUCUUGCCCAGCAGCAGCAUGGAGGGUGGCUCCCUGUUUCUGCAAUGAAUGCGGUUGGGAAGUACCAUUUGUUGGUUUGUGGAACAACACCUUGUAUGAUACGUGGUUCACAAGGAAUUGAAGAAGCCUUAUUAAAACACUUGGGAGUGAAACGCAAUGAAGUAACACCAGAUGGUUUGUUUUCUGUUGGAGAAAUGGAAUGCAUGGUGAGUUUUUUAUUUGAUUCACAUUUUAAUUUUAUAAAGUUCCUAGUGUUUCUUGAUAUGCGUUAGAACUAAAAUUGUAUU